UCCAAGAGUAGGUCUGUAUCAUCAAAAAAAAAAUAAGAAACAAGAAAAAUUGGUUACCAAGCCAAAACUGAAAAGCAUAUCUUUGUUCUGUAAGCUUUUUUUCUUAAUUUAGUUUUGAGAGUUUCUGUGUGGUGUGGGUGAUCUUCAACUAUGAUGUCUCGGCUUUUCUUCGGACUCUCCAAACUCUCACCAGUGAACGAUGCCCUCAGACACAAGAGUGGGAGGAGCUUUCGUUUGUUUUCAUCCUCUUCAAGCACUCCGUACAUGAUGCUCGGCACUACGCUUAAGAAAGAUUUGCCCGACGGUAGCGAAAUCAGAGAUGUACACUUUUUUGAUCCGGCCAAGGAAGAGCUUCUUACAGUUCCGGACAAAACCUUUCCCGAAGAGCUCGUUAAAUCAAGACAGAUUGGGAGUUCUCAUGGUUGGGGACUUUUCUCUCACGACCACGACCGUUCGUUAUGUAUGAGCGACCUUUACCAACCCUUGGCUUCCAAAUCCAGCCCCAAGAUGAUUCCUCUGCCUUCAUUUCUUGCUUUGCCCACUAACCAGACCGACAUUGUCUGGAACGUGGCGAUGUCGUCUUCUUCUCCUUCUGAUGAGGGCUGUGUGGUUGGUACCAAGUUCUUGGGUAGACAACUCAGUCUUUUCAGACCACAUUGUGACUGGCGGCGUUGGACUAACAUCGAGGUUAACCCUGUUGAAAGCUUUGUGAACUUGGAGACCUCAAAUCUCAUGUUUUCCAAGAGGGACCAAAGAUUCUACUUGCCUGCUCAUGGAGGCAACGAGCUGUACUCUUGGGAUCUUCACUUGGAGAAGAACAAAAGCCCUCAGAUGCAUCAGUUGCUGAUCCGGGACCUUCCACAGUUGGCCGAGUCUGACUGGGGACUGUUGGAUGUGUGUUGCAGGACACAACAUCUGGUGGAGUCAGCCUCAAGUGGCGAUCGUUUUCUUAUCAAAUGGUACGCACAGGGUUACUUCUCGUCGGCUCAUGGCAAGAUUGAGUACUCGACCAUGCGGUUCAUGGUGUUUAGAGAGGUGGAGACGACACAAGGAAGAUACAUGUGUUACACAGAAGACAUUGGAGAAAUUUGCAUCUUCCUUUCAGAGAGCGAGACUUUCUGCGUCGACGCCAGCUCUUGCCCCGGUCUCCAGCCUAACUCCAUCUAUUAUAUAGGUAAGGGAUUUGGUACUUACAACAUCGCUGACAACACAUCCCAUCGUUUUGAAGCUCCUAAGGGUGUACCUACUUCUCUCAAACCUUACUGGCUUCCUCCAUCUCUGUAGUUCUCUGCUUAGUUCUCUCAAAAAACUUGUAUCGUAAGAUUUUUGACUGAUUCAUGAUUCCGUUUUGAAUUCUAUGGUUUUAAACGAUGUAUUCCACUGAGAGUCAUAAGCCAUCUACAUCAGAGUAUUAUCACAAUU